AUGUUGGUGAACACUAUAAAUGUUUCUUCAUGGUUGAUACUUAAUGCGCUCGUACCGAAGGCUUUGCCAGAUGAUGUCAUCAAAAGGUAUGAAGCACAGUUUGUCAAAUGGCCUGAAAUCUCUGCUCAGACAACAAAAACUGUGUUAACGCAUAGUCUUAAAACAUUAAGGUCAUUUAUUUCAUCACUACUCGAAGCACAGUUCACUUCGACUCAUGUGCAGCCCUUAGUCGAACUUUGCAUGACGGUGCGACUGAAAUUUAUUUCGGAUGUUAUCGACAGCGGUGUGGAAAGUAGGUUGUUGUGUUAUAUAUUUGCGCCCUUCGGCAUGAAGGAAAACUGGAAACAGGAUUUCAGUUCUAGUAUUGCAGCAAAGACAGCCUUGCCAGACUUUUACGAGAAUGAGGUAUUUGAUUGUUUGUCUGCUGUAAGGGAUGCGCUUUCCACGUCUGGCUAUCCAAAUGAGGCCUGUUUAUUCUCUCGUGAACGGUUUCGAAGUACCCUAGUGGACAUCUUCGUUCAUUUGGUCACAGCAAUUAGGCACUGUUUUGAUCGGUUACUGAAUUUGCGAGGGGAUCAGAAGAAACCUCAAGAUCUUGACCUCAGUCGCAAGGACGAGGAGAAGAGUCAUCUCACUACAAAGAAACUGUUAAUUAGUAUUUGCAAUUUGGAGUUUAUAUUGGAAACAGCGUUGAAAAACAUCAGCCGGCGUAUGCUUGAUUGUGGCGUGAAGUAUGCUGAUGAGGUGUAUGAGAAAUCGAAGGCAAAACUAUCAACGUAUAGAAAAACGCUCGUUAAGUGCUACAUCAUGAUCAAAAGCAGUGCUUUCACAACACUGAUAGAUUCUGCAAAUUACGAGUUUAUACCUGAUGAUGAUGUGUCGGAUUAUGCGAAAGAAAUGAUGAUGUGUUGUGUGUUACAACAAGCUGAAUUGGAACUAUGCGCUCCUCAGUUGACAUCGCAAUGUCUUCAGGCUACUGUUCAAGCAGCUUUUGACAAUUUGUUGGAUCACUUGGAAGCACGCGAACCGGCAUCCCAACGUGAAGCUACGCAGAGAGUUAUUGAUAUUUGUGCUUUAGAACAGGCCCUAGGAGGUUUCACUAACUUGGAAACUAGGACUCAUGUCAAUGCAUAUCGUGCUGGCUUGGUUGCGCAGCUUGAUCAAAGCCAUGUUCGUAACCGUUCCGUUCUAGCACGGGGUCUAUCUUUGGUCAACAGUGGAGAAGGUCAUGAAGUUGGUAACAGACAACGGUUUGCUGCGGUACUCAAAAUGGAGGUUUUCUUGCUGUUGUGCAACUUCUUCUUAUAUAAUCAGUUGAUGGUUUACUUCGAUAAAGAGGACCGCGAGAAGUAUGACAAAAGAUACGUCACAAAAGAUCGCAGUCGUGCUUCGAAUGUUUUGAUUACUUUUAUGGUUGCGUCACAGAUGGUGUAUUUCUUGUACUUUGCACCUAGCGCUUUCCAAGGUAUUCUUUUUGACAUAUGCGCAAUUCUUUCUGGUGUGUGGGUGAAUUUAUUGGGCAUUGUUGCUGGAUUUUUCAUUAUAAACACUGUUAUGUACGUGUUGGAGGCAUUCCCUUCGACGAGGUUCAUAGUCGCCAAAGUAGAAAAUAUGGCUUAUAUUGGUCCAUUAGUACUGGAUCGGAGAUAUCAAAUCAAAGUUGUCCUGACAGUUACCCUGGUGAUGUCGUUAUUGAUGUGGCUCGGUAGCGACAAAAUCGUUGUCAAACACGGCUUCACUGGAUCAAAUGGAUCGUUCAAAAUUGCCCUAGUAUCAGACAUUCAUGCUGGUGCAAGUGUUCAUAGAGAUCAAGUUUCCAAAGUAGUUGAUAAGCUUCUUGAUCUUCAUGCUGAUGCAGUGGCUUUGGUCGGUGACAUGGUUGACGGGUCGCUACGAAGCUUGGAAGACCGUAUGGUGCCAUUAUGGAUGCUGCUCUACAGAUACCGUACUUACUUUGUCUCAGGAAAUCAUGAGUAUUACUACGGUAAUGCUAUGGAAUGGUUUAGAGAAUACGAUCGCCGCGGAAUUCAUGUGCUGAAUAACAAGUGCGAUAUGUUCCAUGGUAUUUGUAUUGUGGGUGUCAGUGACAUUUCAAGUGGAAAAUCAGGAAUACCCAACCAUAGCAUGAAUCUUACGGAAGCUAUGAAAAAUUGUAGCGAAGGUUCUUCACGAAUUGUCUUGUCUCACAAUCCAGCUAGCGUAAAAAGCUUCUCUUCUGAGGAUUUGGAGAAAGUCGACGUGGUUUUGUCAGGUUGGCUAUUACUUAAUUCGUAUAUUUACGUUUCUGGCCAUACCCAUGCAGGACAGUACUAUGUCCUUUUACCAAUAAUCCCGUGGAUAUUGCCCUAUUUUCAUGGUCUGUACGACAUUGGCCAUGGGAAGUUGUUUGUCUCCGCAGGCACUCUUUAUCAG